UCAUCUUCCUCGCCUCGCCUCGCUUCGCUUCACUUCACUCCUCUGAAUCUAACAAAAAUCUCGAUCGCCAUUUUCAAAUAAAAGAAAAGAAAGAAAAGAACAAACAUUUUCUUGAAUUAAUUUGAUUUGUCUUUUUUUUGUUUGUUCAUUCUACGAUUCAGUUUUGAUAAUCACAAUGUCUCUAUUGGUAGACAAAACCAGCACUGGCCGUGAAUACAAGGUCAAGGAUAUGGCGCAGGCUGAUUUUGGUCGUCUUGAAAUUGAUCUCGCUGAGGUUGAAAUGCCUGGAUUGAUGGCUUGCAGAACCGAAUAUGGACCAGCACUACCUUUCAAGGGAGCAAAAAUCACUGGAUCUCUUCACAUGACGAUUCAAACCGCCGUCCUCAUUGAAACCCUAACUGCUCUCGGUGCUGAGGUUCGUUGGUGCUCCUGCAACAUUUUCUCGACUCAGGACCAUGCUGCUGCUGCCAUUGCUCGUGAUAGUGCCGCCGUGUUUGCCUGGAAGGGGGAGACUCUUCAGGAGUAUUGGUGGUGCACUGAGCGGUCCUUGGAUUGGGGCCCUGAAGGUGGUCCCGAUCUGAUCGUCGAUGAUGGUGGAGAUGUUACGCUUUUGAUUCACGAAGGAGUUAAGGCGGAGGAGAUCUAUGAAAAAACAGGGACGCUACCGGAUCCUUCUUCAACUACUAACUCAGAGUUGCAGAUUGUGUUCACCAUUAUUCGUGAUGGAUUGAAGACCGAUCCUAAGAGGUACCACAAGAUGAAGGAGAGAUUGGUCGGUGUUUCGGAGGAGACAACUACUGGUGUGAAAAGGUUGUAUCAGAUGCAAGCUAAUGGAACUUUGCUAUUCCCCGCCAUUAAUGUCAAUGAUUCUGUCACUAAGAGCAAGUUCGAUAACUUGUACGGCUGCCGCCACUCUCUCCCAGAUGGUUUGAUGAGAGCUACUGAUGUUAUGAUUGCUGGCAAAGUUGCUGUUGUGUGUGGCUAUGGAGAUGUUGGCAAGGGGUGUGCUUUUGCCCUCAAACAAGGUGGAGCUCGUGUGAUCGUCACCGAGAUUGACCCAAUUUGCGCUCUUCAGGCAUUGAUGGAAGGCUUCCAGGUCUUGACACUCAACGAUGUCGUUUCCGAGGCAGACAUUUUCGUCACCACCACAGGCAACAAGGACAUCAUCAUGGUGAGUGACAUGAGGAAGAUGAAAAACAAUGCAAUAGUCAGCAACAUUGGUCACUUCGAUAACGAAAUCGACAUGCAUGGUCUCGAGACUUUCCCUGACGUGAAGCGCAUCACGAUCAAACCUCAAACUGAUAGGUGGGUGUUCCCGGAUACUAAAACAGGCAUCAUCGUGCUUGCCGAGGGGCGGCUAAUGAACUUGGGAUGUGCCACUGGCCACCCUAGCUUUGUGAUGUCCUGCUCAUUCACAAACCAAGUGAUUGCACAGCUUGAGCUUUGGAAUGAGAGGAAAACAGGAAAAUAUGAGAAAAAAGUGUACGUUUUGCCCAAACAUCUUGAUGAAAAAGUUGCUGCUCUUCAUCUUGGCAAGCUUGGAGCUAAGCUCACUAAGCUCAGUAAGGAUCAAGCUGACUAUAUCAGUGUCCCCAUUGAAGGUCCUUACAAGCCUGCUCAUUACAGGUAUUGAAAGGACCACCCAGUGAGACGAUCGAUAUCGGUUGGAACGAUCGGACGGGUUUGUUGUUUUUCUUGUCUUUUUUUAUAUAGAAUUAUUUCAUCAUAUAGAGUUCUAGGUUUCGUUCCAUUCGAAUUCGACUUGGUUAAUUAGGACAAAGAUUAAGUUCUUUUUGCCUAAAAAUCAAAUGGACUGAAUAAGGUUGGAUUUGUGUUGUGUUGUUACUUCCUUGCAGUUUGUUUUGGCUGCAUUCUUUUCAUAAAAGCAAAGAAAUGACAAACAGUUUCAUUUUUAAUUUUUCACGAAUAAAUAUAUACUUUUAUAAUAA